AUGUUUCGCUGGCAGACCCUUGGGCGUUUAAGCAACAUCUACAAAGUAUGUUUUUGUUUGUAGCUUGACGUAUUUUUUAGAAUGUGUUUAGUUCUUCGCGGCUGAGCUCCGCAGCUGCAGAAGCAGUUGAAAUAGGGAAGAUUAGACCAAACAAUAAAAUCAGAAAUAUCGGAAUAUCUGCACACAUUGAUUCCGGGAAGACGACAGUGACCGAGAGGAUAUUGUUCUAUGCCGGACGUAUAAAUUCGAUGCACGAGGUCAGAGGGAAGGACGAUGUUGGUGCAACCAUGGACUUUAUGGAGUUGGAGAAACAACGGGGAAUCACAAUCCAAUCAGCGGCGACGUAUGUGGAUUGGCAUGGUACUAAUAUUAAUAUCAUUGAUACUCCCGGUACGUUUAUCCCCGUUAUUUUUUUAUUUGUCGUUCAGGUCACGUUGACUUCACAGUCGAGGUUGAACGAGCUUUGAGAGUAUUAGAUGGGGCUGUUCUGGUGUUAUGUGGCGUUGGUGGGGUUCAAUCACAGACUUUCACCGUCAAUCGACAAUUAAAUAGGUAUAACGUUCCGUUCUUGACCUUUGUAAAUAAGUUGGACCGAACCGGAGCGGAUCCAAGGAGGGCCAGAGAAGGUCUUCGACAUAAGUUACACCAUAAUGCGGCUUUUAUCCAAAUGCCAAUAGGAAUGGAAGGUGAUUUCAAAGGAGUUAUCGAUCUCGUCGAGGAAAAUGCGAUCUAUUAUGAAGGACAGGAUGGCCUGAUUGUACGAAAAGACGUAAUUCCAAAAGAACUUAGAGCGGAAGCGCAUGACUUGCGGCAAGAAAUGAUUGGUAUGGGUUGAAAUGCGUUACUAAUAUAAUUUUAGAAUACCUGGCAAAUUCUGAUGAAACUAUUGGUGAUCAAUUUCUGAACGAAAUAAACCCCACUGCGGAUGAUAUUCAUGCGGCCAUCAGAAGGACAACUAUUGCUCGCACGUUUGUUCCAAUCAUGAUGGGAACUGCUUUGAAGAAUAAAGGCGUCCAAACAAUGAUUAAUAAUGUUGUUCGAUAUCUUCCCGAUCCUUCUGAAGUUGUAAAUAAGGGGAACGUGGCUUUGUAAGUUUAUUGUUUACGUUAAUCGCUUUUUUAGAAGUGAUGACAAAGUCGAGCCGAUUAUUUUUGAUCCUAAAAGGGCGAAUGAGGACAUCAAACCGUUCGUUGGACUGGCAUUCAAACUCGAGGUUUGUGUUUUUCUUUCUUUCCAUUCUAUUGUUUAGGCAGGGGCUUACGGUCAAUUGACCUACUUCCGUGUAUAUCAAGGGAAGCUUUCACGAGGCGACAUUGUUUAUGCCACCAGAGAUGGAAGAAAAGUUCGGGUGCAGAGGUUGGUUCGAAUGCACGCCAAUUCCAUGGAGGACAUCGAAACGGCAUACGCUGGAGAUAUUUGUGCUACUUUUGGGUUAGAUUGCCAUUCUGGAGAAACUUUCUGCGGUGAUGAAAAUUUGAGUGUCCAUUGCGUAAGUUUGGUAUCGAGAUUGUGAGCUUAACCAGAUAGUUUUUAGGAAUCAAUGCAUGUCCCGGAACCUGUGAUCUCCAUGUCACUAAAACCAGUGAACAGAAAGGACGCGGACAAUUUUGUUAAGGCUCUUACUCGAUUUACCAAAGAAGACCCCACUUUUCGAAGAGAAUAUAACGCGGAACACAAAGAAACCGUGGUCAGAGGAAUGGGCGAAUUACAUCUAGAGAUCUACGCCCAGCGAAUGAAAAACGAAUACAACUGUCCGGUGGAAUUGGGGAAACCAAGUGUGGCUUACAGAGAGUGUCUGGCCCAGCCUUACGAAUUCCAUUUCCGACAUAAGAAACAAACCGGAGGUCAAGGUCAAUUUGGUGAGAUUCAUGGAGUCAUCGAACAACUACCGCCUGAGAAAUUUACCCAAGUUGAAUUCACGGAUGAAACUUUUGGCAGCGGAAUCCCAAAGAAUCUUCUGCCGGCCUUGAAGAAAGGUCUUGAUCAGAUCACCACCGAAGGACCUCUCAUUAAAGCUCGGGUCGCUGGAAUCAAUGUUCGCCUACAAGAAGGAGCAACUCAUGCUGUCGAUUCGACGGAAAUCGCCAUGAUCAACACCAUGAUGAACAUGAUGAGAGAGGCGUACGAAAAGGGACAUUGGAUGCUGUUGGAGCCAAUAAUGAAGAUCGAUGUCACCACCCCAGGAGAGUAUCAAGGAGCAGUUACGACAUCACUCACUCAGAGAAAAGCAAUCAUUUCAGCGACAGAUUCGAAUGAUGGCUUCACAACAAUCACAGCAGAGGCACCCUUGAGUGACAUGUUCGGAUACAUGACAGCAUUACGCUCAAUUACCCAAGGAAAAGGAGAGUUCACUAUGGAAUAUUCAAAAUAUGCCCCGACCACCGAAGAAGACCAAGAGAGAGUGGUGUAUGAAUACAAAGUAGCAACUGGACAGAUUGAUCCCAAUGAAAAGGCCAAGAAGAAAAGGCGUUAG